AUGCAUCUGACACUGAAGGGAGGGGUUGUGCUGCCACAGGUGGGCCAUCCAGCAGUGGAGGUGGUGCAAGCCCGCAUGCGCGAUGGGAGCGCUCCUGGGAAGCGCAGGGACGGCUUCAAGGUCGGCUUGGUAGUGGAAGGCGGCGGCAUGCGCGGGGUUGUCUCUGGCGCUGCCCUCCAGGCCAUGCACGACCUGGGCUUGCGGAACGCCUUUGAUGCUGUGUAUGGAAGUAGCGCGGGAGCCAUCAAUGCGACAUACUUCUUGUCCGGGCAACGGGACGGCGUGGCCAUCUACACAGAGGAGAUAGCCAACCAGCAGUUCAUCGACCUGCGGCGCCUCUUCAAGAAGGACCAAGCUCCUGCCCUGGACCUGGGAUAUCUGCUGGAUGUGAUGCACCACAAGCGGCCGCUGGACUGGCAGGCAGUGCUCAAGUCGGACGUGCCCCUGAAAGUGGUCGCCUCCUGCUUGGACACCCUGCAGCCCGUCAUCCUCGAAGACUUCACCAGCGCAGAGGACCUGGAGACGUGUCUGCGCGCGAGCGCCAACGUGCCGGAGGUGGCGGGACGGCCGAUCCAGCACCGCGGCCGCCGCUUGGUGGACGCGGCCGUCUUCGAGCCGGUGCCCUUCCGCGCCGCCAUCGCCGACGGCUGCACGCACCUCAUCACCCUCUGCUCGCGGCCCCCCUUCGAGGGCGGGCGGGUGGCAAAGAUAAUAGACAGCCUGGUGUCGGACGCGGUAAAGAAGUUUGUGAUGAACCCGGAGUACAUGCGCGCGGCGUGGAUGCGCGAGGUGGAGAACAACAUGCUGUUCGGCAUGACCACCGACGAGAUGCUCAUGCGCGGCCUCGACCGUGACUCCCACUGCCUCCCGCACUUUGCUGGCGCGCACGUCUACCCGGUGUUCCCUGGCGCAGCCGCCAUGUGA